GUGAAACUGUUGCUGACCAACGACGACGGCAUCGAUGCUCCCGGCCUGGAAGUGCUGGAACGGGCCGUGCGCGAGUGGGGCGAGGUCGUGGUGGUAGCGCCGGCCGAAGGGCAGUCCGGCGUGGGCCAUCAAGUGACCACGGACCGGCCCAUCGCGGUGGAGUGCAUCGGCACCGGACGAUACAGCGUCCAGGGGACCCCCGCGGAUUGCGUUCGGGUCGGGCUCACGGAGAUCGCCCCCGAUGCGUCCUGGGUGCUGGCCGGGGUGAAUCGAGGCGCGAAUCUCGGUGCCGACAUCUACAUCUCGGGCACGGUGGCGGCGGCACGGGAAGCCGCGCUGCUGGGUUGCCGCGCCUUGGCCAUUUCCCAGUACAUCGUGAAGGCGCGGCCGCUGGAUUGGGAGAUCGUCUAUCGCAGGGCGGUACCUCUGCUCAGGCGGCUCCUGACCCGCGAGUCGGCCCAGGGCGAGUUCUGGAACGUGAACCUGCCGCAUCCGGCCACCGAUGCCGACGUGGGCGUCGUGGCCUGCGCCUUGGACACCCGGCCCCUUGGCGUGGCCUAUCGGAAAGAAGCGGGGGCGUUCGUCUACCAGGGGGACUAUCACAAACGUCCGCGGCAGCCCGGUCGGGAUGUGGACGUGUGCCUGGGUGGCCGUGUAGCCGUGACGAAGCUCGUGCUGGACAUCGCCGGACCGGCGGUGAACCCUGGCUCGUGCGAAUUGGAUGAGGCGGGAACCGGUUUUCCGGCAGCCGGCCCGGUUAAAGUGUUGUAG